CGACGACCACAUAAGACCACUGGCGACCUGUGGCAUCCACCAGUUGUCCAGUCCAUGCCACCGGCAGACGGUAUCAGCCACCACACGCCAGCACGGUCAGUCAUUUGCCACCGACAGCCACCGACAGCCACCGGCACCCGACGGACGGCGGCAACGACCGCCAGCCACUGCGGGAGGUGGCUGGCGGCCCUCACCGGACAUCGGCAGCCAUCGAUCUUUCCAUCGGAGGGCGUAUAACUCGGCAGGAUCCCGAUGGGUCAUACUCCUCGUUUUGUGGUACGACCCAUAGAGAUGCUAUGAAGCAGCUCAACGGUGCCAGACUCUGCAAGAACUGCGAGUCUCGACCAGCAUAUGUCGAGGGCAACCGUGUACAUGACUUCUGCGGCCAACGCUGUCGUGAAGCAUUCCAGACCGGCGCGCAAAACCCAGCCAGUCCGCGUGCUUUGCCCGCUCCCGUUGCUCGUGUCUGCAAGUUCCCGACAUGUCAGCAGCCUACCUUCGUCGGACAGGACGGUAUGCUGAGCGACUAUUGCUCCAACGCACAUCGGCGUGACGCCGUUCGUUUCGGAAAGGCGGAGGCAUGCCUAUUUUGCCUGAAGUGGCCCAAGGCGACUACCAACGGGAAGCUAAGCGACUUUUGCUCAAAGCGAUGCAGCGAAGACACAUUUGGCUCAGCUCCUAUAAUUUUGAUCAUCACCAACAACAUGGCAUCCUUCCGCGAGGUGUCGAAGCAGUUUAGGGACCAGUGGAAGCACCCUACACCCGUUCCGACCGUGGUCAAGAUAUGGAAGAUCUACUGCGACAAGGACCACACCGACGAGUUCUCGCGGUACAAGCUUGCAAUCGAGCGCAAGACCAAUUAUGCUGGCGGGAACAGCAAGCGACGGUGGCACGGGACGAUCCGUGCCUGCACCAUCGGUGACAGCGAGGACCAACCGGAGCUCUGCCGCAGUGCGCAUUGCUCGCUCUGUGGCAUCAUUCGCACGUCGUUCCACAUCGCCAAGGCGGGCCAGCGCACGAAUUUCGGCCGGUUUGGCGAGGGGAUAUACACCUCCGCGACAUCGUCGAAGGCGAACGAUUACGUUGAAGAGCGUGGGGGGUCAGCGCUCAAGGCAAUGCUCCUCAGCGACGUCGUCAUGGGCAAGACAAUUAAGAUGACUUCCGGAGACGACAGUCUCGUUGCGCCCCCGGCAGGCUACGACUCUGUCGUCGGCGAGCCUGGUGGAGACCUGAACUAUGACGAGGCCAUUGUGUACAAGAACGAAGCCAUUCGGCCUCUCUUUCUGGUGAUUUACCGUCACUGAUAGCUUGGGGCAACAUAUCUGUUGGUGCCGCUUUUGUUCGCUGGCGUAAACGAGUUCCUCGUACUUCAGACGGAGCUGUGGUACUUGACGGCUUGUGCUAAUGCACGCAGACGUCACGAAGAAAGUCCGGGUUCCCUAAUGCAGUGCGAGGAUAGGUUUUUUCCGCGACUUAUGUCCAGAUAUCCGAGCGUGCUGUUUCUAUCACUUCAAGUUUGCAAUCGAGUAUUGGACCUUUCAGUUAUGCAACGAUCGCCAAUAGUCUUGCCGCAAGGCCCUCACAGUGAACAUACAGUUUGUGUCAAACCUAAAAUAAUU